GGCGUAGACGUCGACAGGCUGCGGCUGUCACCCCCGGGGCUGGUUGCAGAGGAGCAGGCGCCAUGGCGGUACUCUUGGAGACCACUUUGGGCGACGUCGUCAUCGACCUGUACACCGAGGAGCGGCCGCGCGCUUGCUUGAAUUUCCUGAAGUUGUGCAAAAUAAAAUAUUACAAUUAUUGCCUUAUUCACAAUGUACAGAGGGAUUUUAUUAUACAAACUGGUGACCCUACGGGGACUGGCCGUGGAGGAGAGUCUGUUUUUGGUCAACUGUAUGGUGAUCAAGCAAGCUUUUUUGAGGCAGAAAAGGUGCCAAGAAUUAAACACAAGAAGAAAGGCACUGUGUCCAUGGUGAACAAUGGCAGUGAUCAGCACGGAUCUCAGUUUCUUAUUACUACAGGAGAAAAUCUAGACUACCUUGAUGGUGUUCAUACAGUGUUUGGUGAGGUAACAGAAGGCAUGGAUAUAAUUAAGAAAAUUAAUGAGACCUUCGUUGACAAGGACUUUGUACCUUAUCAAGAUAUCAGGAUAAAUCAUACAGUGAUUUUAGAUGAUCCAUUUGAUGACCCGCCUGAUUUAUUAAUUCCUGAUCGAUCACCAGAACCCACAAGGGAACAACUAGAUAGUGGUCGAAUAGGGGCAGAUGAAGAAAUCGAUGAUUUCAAAGGAAGGUCAGCUGAAGAAGUAGAAGAAAUAAAAGCAGAAAAAGAAGCCAAAACUCAAGCUAUUCUAUUAGAAAUGGUGGGAGAUCUACCUGAUGCAGACAUUAAACCUCCAGAAAACGUGUUGUUUGUGUGUAAAUUGAACCCAGUGACUACAGAUGAGGAUCUGGAAAUAAUAUUCUCAAGAUUUGGGCCGAUCAGAAGUUGUGAAGUUAUCCGGGAUUGGAAGACCGGGGAGUCUCUCUGUUAUGCUUUUAUUGAAUUCGAAAAGGAAGAAGAUUGUGAGAAAGCCUUUUUCAAAAUGGACAAUGUACUUAUAGAUGACAGAAGAAUACAUGUGGAUUUUAGCCAGUCUGUUGCGAAGGUUAAAUGGAAAGGAAAAGGUGGGAAAUACACCAAGAGUGAUUUCAAGGAGUAUGAAAAGGAACAGAAUAAACCAUCUAAUUUGGUUCUGAAAGAUAAAGUAAAGCCUAAACAGGAUGCAAAAUAUGAGCUUGUAUUAGAUGAAGAGGCAGAAGACUCAAAAUCAAGUCACUCGCACACAAGUAAAAAACACAAAAAGAAAACCCGUCACUGCUCUGAAGAAAAAGAAGAUGAGGACUAUAUGCUGAUCAAAAAUCCUAAUCAGGAUAUCUAUAGGGAAAUGGGGUUUGGUCACUAUGAGGAAGAAGAAAGCUGUUGGGAGAAACAGAAGAGUGAAAAGAGAGAUCGACCUCAAAACCGAAGUCGUAGCCGAUCUCGAGAUAGGGAUGGCCAUUAUAGUAACAGUCACAAAUCCAAAUACCAAACAGAUCCCUAUGAAAGAGAAAGGAGUAAAAAGAGAGACCGAAGCAGGAGUCCAAAGAAAUCCAAAGAUAAAGAAAAAUCUAAGUACAGAUGAAAGAUGAAGAAUCAGAAAUGAGUGGUUAACAUAUUUACUCUUCUCUAACUUAGAGUACGAAGGAAGCAAAUGUUCAGAUUUUGUGUCAAAGCAGCUAAAGACUCUGUUUGUUGUUAUUAUUAAUUAUUUUUUUCAUAUUAGAAUUAUGGCCCUUUUGGAUGAAUAUUGAUUGUAUAGGGCACUGAAAGACAAAAAAGAAUUUAACAUUUUCUUUGUAUACUUUUUUAUACUAAUUUUAUUGUUAUUAAAGUCACGUUUUCCACUCAUCUUUUUUUUAAUGAAGUAUUCACACCUACAAGAAAUACAUAAACAUGUAUAUAUAAGGUAUAAAGAAUAAUAAAUACCUGUAUACCCCUCAGCCAGUUUAAGAAAUAGGAUAUUACCUGUGUUUUAGAAGUCUCCUAUAUGCCCUCCCCCCUCAAGUAAUAAUUCUGAAUUUUGUGUUUGUCAUUCUCUAGCUUGUUUUUAUAGUUUUACAACACAUGUAUGUAUCCAUAAAUGAAACAUUGUUAAAUUUUGUAUGUUUUUGAAUUGUAUAUAAAUGUAUGUUACUUCCGUAACCUGCUUUAUUCAACCUAGUGCUUUUUUGAAUCAUUUGUUUUUGCUAUUGCAGACAGUGCUGCUAUGAACAUUCUGUAUCUAGGAGUGAAAUUGUUGCAUUAUGUAUGUCUUCAUCUUAGAAGAUAAUGCCAAAUUAUAUUCUAAAGUGGCCGUACCAGUUUAUACUCCUACUAGCAUUAUGUCAGUUACUUUAGUUUCACAUCGUCUCCAACACUUGUUAAUGUUAGACAUUAAAGUUUUCCCAAUGUAGUGGAUGUUAAAUGAUAUCUUACUGUGUUUUCCAACAAGAGGAUGCUGUUAUUCUUUGUUCUACUAUAUGUAAUGUGUUUUCUUUGGCUGCUUUUCAGGUUUUCUCUUUGUCACUGAUUUUAAGCAAUUUGAUUAUGAUAUGCUUGGUAUAGUUUUUUCAUUUUUCUUCUGCUUGAGAUUGUUGGAUCUGUGGGUUUAUGGUUUUUAUCAAAUUGGGUAAUUUGGGGCCAUUAUGGCUUCAAUCAUCUUUUUUCCUGUCCCUCCCCUCCUCCAACUUCUCUUCUUCCCAGACUCCAGUUAUACGUGUGUUAGGCCACUUGAAUUGUUCCACAGUGCACUGAUGCUAUGUUUUUUGUAUUUUUUUUUUUUUUAAGUCUCUAUCCUGUUUCAUGUUGGAUAGUUUCCAUAGCUGUUUCCCAAGUUUGCCAAUCUUUUCUUCUGAGGAGAUUAACUCCUGGUAAUCUGACCUUUGUGGUUUCAAUCUUUAGAAGUUCCAUUUGGAUCUUUUUUAUAUGUUCCAUGUCUCUUCUUAACAUGUUCAUGCUUUUGCAUACCUUCAUGAACAUACCGAGUGUGUCUAUAAUAGUUAUUUUAAUGUCUUUAUCCAUUCUAUCAUCUAUCAUUUCUGGUCUGUUUCUCUUGAAGGAUUUUUCUCCUCAUUAAGAAGAUUAUUUUCCUUCUUUGCAUGCCUCGUAAUUUUUGGUUGGACAUUGUUAUUGUUAAUUGCUGUUGAGUCAGUUCCAACUAUGGUGAUCUCAUGUGUCAGAGUAGAACUGUGCUUCAUAAGAUUUUCAAGGUUGCAACCUUUUGGAAGCAAAUCACCAGGCCUGUCUUCCAAGGUGCCUCUUGGGUGGGUUCGAACUGCCAACCUCUUGGCUAGUAGGCAAGUGCUUAAUCAUUUGUGCCAACCAGGGACUCCUUUUUGGUUGGAUAAACCAAAACCAAGCCAAACCCAUUGCUGUUGAGUUGGUUCUGACUCAUAGUGACCCUAUAGGACGGUGUAGAACUGACCCAUAGGGUUCCCAAGGCUGUAAUCUUUACCGAAACAGACUGCCAUAUCUUUUUCCCACAGAGUGGCUAGUGGGUUCAAACCUACUGACCUUUUGGUUAGCAGCCGAUUGCUUAAGCACUGUACCACUGGGGCUUCUUUUGGUUGGAUGCCAGUGAUGAAUUUUGCAUUUACAAUUUUAUAUUACAUUGUUUAUGUGCAGGAUUUUUUUGUAUUCCUUUUAAAUAUAUUUGAGCUUUGCUCUAGAACACAGUUAAGCCUGGAAAAUUCGUGUAGUCAGCUGGGGCAAUUGUAGUACUCUACUUGUCUGUUCCUUCACUCAAACUGCCCUAUACUGGCUGUUGUCCAAAGUCUGAAAAUCUUUGGUAUAUAUAUUUUGUCCAGCUUUUUAUUUGUUUAAGAUGGGGAAGGUAAAUCCUGGCUCUGUUACUCCAUUUUGGCCAGAGUGGAUGUCUCUUUGUUUGAAUUUGCAUUUCUUAAAUACUAACAAGGUUGAGCAUAUUUUCAUGUAUAUUAUGUGCAUUCUUGAUUGGUUUCUGUGAAAAGCUUGUUUCAUGUCUAUUUUUUCUCAUUUUGUAUUAGUUUGUCUUUUUCUUACUGAUUUCUUUAAGGAGUUUCCCCCCAUAGGUUGUGGAUACUGAUCUGUUUUUACUAUGAGAUAAUACAAGCAUCUCAUUUUGUGGCUUUUUUUUUUUCUCACUUUUCUAUUGUAGGCUUUGGAAGAGUACAGUUUUAAAUUUCCUUUCAUCUUUUUAAUAUGAAAAUUUUCAUACAUGCAUAGAAAUACUGAAAAAAUAGUGUGAUGAACACCCGUAUACAUCUGUCUAGAUUUAGCAGUUCAUUAACAUUUUGUUUUACUUCUCUAGGUUUUAGGUGAACUCUUAAAACUAAGCUCCAGUGAUCUGUUCCACUGACUUUUGCCAAAACUGCAAAAAAUUGAGCAGGCUGCAGGUAGCAAGAUAUAUAAAUAUAUGUAUGUAAUUCAAAAGAAAAAAAUUGUUAUUUUAGGACUGAAGUUUAUCGUUAAUUAUAACUUUGCCAUAAAGUUUCAGGUUAAUCUCUCUUACCAGUUGGAUUUUUAUCAGAACUAUUAAAGGCUAAGAUUGGAGAAACUUUAGAUAGGUUCAGCAAUUAUACUUUCAUUAAUGUCUUUAAAUAAAUAGGGUUGCUUUUUAGCUACUGAAGUAUAUAUUUCAGAUCUAUAUUUUCCACUCAUCAAAAAAUUUUAAUCUCAAAUUUGACAUUUCUUAUCCAUCUAGAUUGAGUCAUAAAGAAUGCAUAAAUAUGUAGUAAAAUCGAAAUCACAGAAGCCUUACCUUCUGGUGACUGUUGCUAUGAAACCAUGUUUUGAUGGGAAAUUUUAGAGAACCUUGUUCUUCCUGUUGUUAAAUGAUAGAAUAUGGAGAUCCCCUUCAUUUUCAAAACUUUUUUUUAAAAAAAAAGCAAGUAAUCUCAACUAUUCUUUUUACUAAUGGCACGAUUUUUACUGCUACCCUAUCUUACCUACACAAGACUAUUAAUUAAAAAAUAAUUAAUUUUUCUACAGGCAAUGACAAGAAUUAACAAUUUUAUGCUUUGCCUCCCCUCCUAUUCCUUUUUUAUUGGGUAGAUGUACAGGGUUUUUGAGAAAUGCUUUCCAUGUAGUUGUAAAGUUGUAUUGUUAGUUUAUUUUGCCUAGGGCAUUGGGAAGUUCCACACACAAAGGAUUGCAAAUAUGGUAGCAUAUUGUAUAAAAAGAAGUUAGAAGAGUGCUAUUUCUCUGCUUUGUUACCGUGAUUCUAAAACAAGACCACAAUGACCUCUAGUUGCUGAAACAGAAAAGUUUUGUCUUACUAGUUUCCUCUAAAGACAGCUUAGUCUGGUGGAGGGAGCUUAGAAUUCUGAGUCAGAAAACUUGAAUUUAAGAUCUGGUUCAACCUCUUACUGUCUGCAUUAUUAUCCUAGGAAGUCAGACCUCCCCAAGUGUUGCUUUCUCUGUUUAUAGAAUGGGAGUAAUGCUUCUUCCACCUGUUGGGAGGUUGUUGUUACUUAGAGUUUCUGUGGUGUCUCAUACUGUGGAAUGUGGGGUUCCUGCAGAGUAGGGCGUUCCCCUCACCCUCCACUGUGAACUCAAGAAAGAGUUAAACACUGAUAACACUGGAAUCUCUGCCCUCAGCCACCAUCUGUAUGCAGACCACUGUGCUAGACUGGGUACAUCAAAGAGUAAAAUCCCAUUUAAUAAAAUUACAGGUCUCCUGCUAGGUGAAAAAUGCUAUGCUAUUUGGAAAGAUAGUUGGAAAUAGCCUUGCACAGGAACAUGGACACUUCCUUGAGCUUGCAGCGAGAUUGGAUAAUCUAGCAAAAAAUUAAACAACUAGAAAUUGUUCUAAAGUGACUUAAAUAAUUGCCAAGUGAUACUUAAUCAGUGUAUUAGUUUCCUGUGGCUGUUGUAACAAAUUGCCACAAACUGGCUUAAAACAGAAAACCCUGGUGGCAUAGUGGUUAAGUGCUACAGCUGCUAACCAAAAAGUCAGCAGUUCAAAUCCACCAGGUGCUCCUUGGAAACUCUAUGGGGCAGUUUCCUCUGUCCUAUAGGGCCGCUAUGAGUCAGAAUCAACUCAAUGGCAAUGGGUUGGGUUUGGUUUGGGCUUAAAACAACAAAUUUAUUCUCCACGGUUCUAAAAGCCAGAAGUCCAAAAUCAGUAUCACUGAGCUGAAAUCAAAGUAUCUGUAGGGUUGUGCUCCCUCUAUAUCCUCUGGGGGAGAAUCCAUUCCUGGUCUCUUCGAGCUUCUGGUGGCUGCUGGUGUUCCUAGAUUUGUGGCUGCGUCACUCCAAUCUCUGCCUUUUCAAAAGUUAAUUGACAAUAGAUAGUAAUGAAAUCUACAAAAAUGCCUUCACAGCAAUGCUUAUAUUAGUGUUUGAUUAAAUAGCUGGGCACUAUUUUUUUUUAUAGCCUAGCCAGGGAGCCCUGGUGGUGCAGUGGUUAAGCGGUUGACUGUGAACCAAAAGGUCAGUGGUUUGAAUUUACCAGCUGCUCUGUGGGAAAAAGAUGUGGCAGGCUGCUUCUGUAAAGAUUUAGAGCUUUGAACCCUAUGGGACAGUUUUACUCUGUCCUACAGGGUCGCUCUGAGUCGGAAUUGACUGAUGGCAGUGGGUUGGGUUUGCCUAGCCAAGUUGACAUAUAUUACCAUGUGUGAUACCUGACAAGCUAUGGACUAAUGGGAUUGUGUUUAAGUGCUGUUGAGUUGGUUCUAGUUCACAGUGACCCUAUGUACAACAGAACGAAACAGUGCCCAGUCCUGCACCAUCCUCCCAGUUGUUACUAUGUUUGAGCCCAUUGUUGCACCCACUGUGUCAUUCCAUCUUGUUGAGGGUCUUCCUCUUUUUCACUGACCCUCUACUUCAUCGAGUAUGAUGUCCCUCUCCAGGGACUGGUCCCUCCUGAUAACAUAUCCAAAGUAUAUAAGACGAAGUCUUGCCAUCCCUGCUUCUAAGGAGCAUUCUAGCUGUAAUUCUUCCAAGACAGGUUUGUUUAUUCUUCUGGCAGUCCAUGGUAUAUUCAAUAUUCUUCACCAACACCAUAAUUCAAAGGCAUCAAUUCUUCAGUCUUCUUUAUUGUCCAGCUUUUGCAUGCAUCUGAGGCCAUUGAAAAUACCAUGGCUUGGGUCAGGCACACAAAGUGACAUCUUUGCUUUUAAACACUUUAAAGAGGUCUUUUGCAGCAGAUUGGUCCAAUGCAAUACACUGUUUGAUUUCUUGACCGCUGCUUCCAUGGACAUUGAUUGUGGAAUUAGGAUUAGGAAAUACUUCUAAGAGAGAUUUCUUGAGGUGAGUCCUAAAAGAAGUGAUGAACAAGGGGAUUGAUAGAGGUAUGAAGAGCAAAGGCAUAUGAAGGUGACAAGAAGCCAGACGUAGAGGGAGAACAAUAUGAUGAUCCGACUGAAGCAGAGGACAGUGGAGAAUAAUGAAGAUGGGGAAGGAGGAAGAAAUUAAGGACGGGCUACACGGAAUGCAAAAUUGAGAAGCUUGGAUUUGGCUUGCUAAAAAAGCAGUAGAAAAUCAGAGCAUAUCCCUAAGGAAGGAAGUGGCGCUGGGAUAGUUAAGGCAAGUCACUCUCAGAGUCGUGUGUAAGAUCUUCGCCAAGGGUUGGCACCAAGUUCCUCACCUGACACUGUAUAUGAUUCAUACAAUAUCCAUUCCGCACGUGCAAAGAUGAAUCCAGACUUAAAGUAGGCUUCCCAGAGGAGAUGAUGCAUAAGCUGAAACCUUCGGCUCAAGUUGGUGCAGUGCUAGAACAUAGAAUGGCCAUUACAACAGCAAAACAUUUAAAGAAGCCACAGGCUGCUACAUAAUCACUCUGAUAUUACAGAAGAUAAUUCAGAUAUCUUUGGCAUGGUCGUGAAUAGACAUGCUUUUAGUAAAACGGCUUUGAUGUGAUGUAAGAGGAUGUUAAUGGAUUGAAUUGUGUCCCCCCCAAAAGAUACCUUGAAGUCCUAACUCCUGUUACCUGUGAAUGUGACCUUAUUUGGAAAUAGGAUCUUUGUAGGUGUAAUCAGGUUAAGAUGAGGUCAUAGUGGAUUAAGGUGGGCCUUAGUCCAAUAUGACUGGAGCACCUAAUGAGAAGAGAGAGACACAGACACAGGGGAAGACGGCCAUGUGAAGAUGGAGGCAGAGAUUGGAGUCAUGCUGCCACAAGCCAAGGAACAGCUGGAGACAUCAGAAGUUGGAAGGGACAAGGAAAAUUCCUCCCCUAGAGACUUUGGUGAGUCACUGGGUAAUGCAAACAGUUAACAUGCCUGGGUGCGAACUGAAAGGUUGGAGGUUCAAGUCUACCCAGAGACCCCUGGUGAUCUUCCAAAAAAAAUCAUCUGUAGAAAACUCUAUGGAGCACAGUUCUAUUCUGACACACAUGGGGUUCCCAUGAGUCAGAAUCGACUUGAAGGCAACUGGUUAAAGGCUUUGGAGGGAACAUGCCCCUGCCAACACCCUGAUUUUAGAGUUGUAGACUCCAAAACUGUGAGAAUAAAUUUCUAUUGUUUUAAGCCCCCCAGUGUGUGGUACAUUGUUACGGCAGCCCCAGGAAACCCAAUACAGAGGGGUUGGAAGGAAGCCCCCUGGUUGAUGGGGGUUCUUCUUGUGCUGCAUUAGUGAGAUAUGUAGCAAAAGGCUAGCCUGGGAGCAUCUCGAGACGGGCACCUUUGCCUGUUUUCACCUUUGCAUGUCAGGCAUGCAGAAGAGUGCCUCACAUACAGUAGAAAACUGGCCUCACAAAUACUGCCAUCUCAGCAGUGGCAGCGAUGCAUAUAUUUUUAACUUUUAUCGUAAGUGAUGUUUCACUAUUACGUUGAUCACGCUUUUGUCUACUACUCAUUCUCAGAAAACAAACCAAAAACACAUUCAUGACCUUUCCCCCUAGAAAAUGGUUAUGGGAAAUACCGUGAAGGGCUUCACCAUAAAACUUGCUUAAUUGUCAGGUCUGUCCCAGAGGCAGACGGCGGCUCCUUGGCCUGCCAGCCGAUCCUCAAGCCCAAGGAUUUGCUCCGAAGUGACUCCCGCCUCUCCUAUCUUCCCAUUGCAUAGCAGGAGCGUGCUUAUCUGAGAGUAAGGAGUUACCAGAACUAGAAGUGUGUUUUAAGAGCUCUAAGGGAAGUUGUUUUGGGGGUUGAAGAGUGAAGUGUUUGCAGAACUCAAGAGAAACCUCUGCAGCAACUUUGGACGGAGGCCAGGGAGGAUGUUGUUGAGCAGACUACUGAGCCUUAGAGCCCAUGUUUCUGAACAUAGGAAGUUGCAAACAUUCAGUGUGACCACUUAUAAUCAAUUCCAUGCAUAGGUGCUGUAUCUUAACAUGUGUGUCACCACUCACCAUUAUUCUUUGCCCUCUACCUCAGUUCCUCUACCUGUUCCGUAUAAUAUUCUUGUCUCGAUUCAUAGUCUCUCUUCCUAGCAAUGGAUUGCAUGUUGAUAUAGCCCAUCUCAUAUAUCCCUCGGGGCUUUUUGUGAGAGAAUUACAGGAAAUGUGGGUCCCCCAGAGCCAAUUUCAGUCCUUAGGAGCGGUAUGUUCUAGCAGCUUUAGGAAGAUUUUUUGAAAGUGCCGACUUAUUUAGGUUAUACAGACACAAGCUCUAACUUGUAGAGGCUUGCUGCCUUAGUCAUCUAGUGCUGCUGCAACAGAAGUACCACGAGUGAAUGGCUUUAACAAACAAAUUUAUUCUAGGCUAGAAGACCAAAUUUAGGGCACCAGCUCUAGAGGAAGGCUUUCUCUCUCUGUUGGCUCUGGGAGAAGGUCCUUGUCUCCUUUCAGCAUCUGUUGGCCCAGUGUUCCUUUGGGAUCUCCAUGUGUCUUGGCACCAAUCUUCACCUGUGUCUGGGAGAUUCUCAGUUCAGGGACCCUGGAUCCAAAGGACACCCUCUGCUCCCAGGUCUUCUUUUUUGGUGGUAGUGAGAUCCCUCUCCUCUGGACUUCCUUCUCUCUACUUUUAUCUCUUGUAAGAAAAAAGGUGUGAUGAGUAAGGGUGUGACUUGAGUCACACCUUCCUUUGAGGCUGUGACUCAAGAUACACCCCACACUGAUCCUGUGUCAUUAACAUAUAGAGGUUACGAUUUACAACGUAUCACAAAAUUGAGGAUAAUUACAUCAGAUCACAAAUGGAGAACAGCCACACAAUACUGGGAAUCAUGGCAUAGCCAAGUUGACACAUAUUUUCUGGGGACACAAUUCAACCCAUGACACUAUCUAAGUAGAGAAUGUCUGCAGGAAGAAAUACAAGGCAGGCAUUUGAGCCCUGAGUCACCAAAUCAGACACUAAUAACAGGGCACUGAAUUUAGUAGCCAAGGUUGGAGGAAGAAUAGAGUAAGAUAGAGAGUGCCCUGGAAGAUCAUUACUCUCCUUACAGUUGGUUGAUAAGUCCAAGAUCCUUUACAAUCUUUGAAAGACCAGGCCCUUGCUUUGUUUAGGGCCAGUUUUUCAACCUUCAGCACAAUAAGACAGGUGGAUUUUCCCAACCUAGAAGAUUCAUGAUGGCUCAGAAAUGGAAGUCAUUUUGUUUCAAAAACCUUCACAAAACAACCUGCUUAUGAAAAGAAUGUAUUAAUUAAUAAUUCAAUUAAUUUUAUUUUAAGUAUUGUCUAAGAGUAAGAAUGCUCACUUCUGUUAAAAGCAAAGAGAUUUAUUGACGGUAAUACAAUUCAUGAAUUGGGGAAACACAAGGCAGAGAGGAAUCAACAAAGUACUCCCACCUUCCAAGAGAGAGGUGAGUCUUUUACAUAGUAAGAUGGGGAGGGUAAACGCAUGAUAGUGUAUGACUAGUAGUAAAAUAGGGAGGACUAUUGAGAGACCAUCAACACCGUAAUCUCUUUUAACAUCAGCAAACUGGGGAGGGGCACUGAGAGACCACGAUAUCAUAACAUGUCUUAUUAGAAAACCCUUUCUGGAACGACCACUUUCUCACCCACCCCC